UUGAGGACUCGGAGAAACGAUGCCUGAACAAUUGAAAUCUGCGCCCAAGAAGGGCUCCAAGAAGGCGGUGGCCAAGACCGCCGGCAAGGGCGGCAAGAAGAGGAGAAAGUCCCGCAAGGAGAGCUACGCCAUCUACGUGUACAAGGUGCUGAAGCAGGUGCACCCCGACACCGGCAUCUCCUCCAAGGCCAUGGGCAUCAUGAACUCGUUCGUGAGCGACAUCUUCGAGCGCAUCGCCGGCGAGGCCUCCCGCCUGGCGCACUACAACAAGCGCUCCACCAUCACCUCCAGGGAGAUCCAGACCGCCGUGCGCCUGCUGCUGCCCGGCGAGCUGGCCAAACACGCCGUGUCCGAGGGCACCAAGGCCGUGACCAAGUACACCAGCUCCAAGUAAACUGCUCCGGAGACUCCAACAGACCAACGGCUCUUUUAAGAGCCACACACUCGAUCUACAGACCAACGUCCUUCACUUUGACUUGUUCGUUCAUCAAACACCAGGUUGAUCCUCACCAGCUCAACGAGACUGCUGCCCCCUAGCGACCAACAAGCAGAGGUGUUCGUCUACAGACUCAUGUUCAGCGUCACGUUCCUCCUUAAAUAACAAUAAACAUCACUCACUGUCUGUGAUGAGAAAUAAACUUAUAACCUGCA